AUGUCACUCCUGUUUUGCCUCCCUCACCCCUCAGCUCAGCAGCGCAGCUCCUCGUACUCUGGUGAAUAUGGCGGUGGGGGCGGAAAGCGAUUUUCACAGUCUGGAAACCAACUGGAUGGACCAAUCACAGCUCUGAGAGUUCGUAAUAACCGCCUCUACAUCACCGGGAUCCAGGUACGAUAUGGGACGACAUGGUCGCAGUACCAAGGGGGUUCAUUGGGUGAUCUGGAGGAACUUUUCCUUCACCCCGGAGAACACAUCAUCCAGGUAUCCGGGAAAUAUACCUCCUACCUCCGCCGGCUGAUGUUUGUCACCAACAAGGGGCGCAUGUUCUCUUUCGGCAAAGACCAAGGAACCGCCUUCAAUGGCGCCCCCCUGUUCCCCGACACCUUCCUGAGAUACAUCAGCGGAAGCUCCGGCUCCGUCAUCGACGCCAUUGGCUUCCACUGGGACUACCCCUACAGCAACUGCGUCCACUGCGCCAAGUGA